CUUCCGCCUUGUUGCACGUACGCUGAAGUUCCUAGCCGUCACCAGCCAUCUAAUCUCGUUGUACCGGUGUCCCAAUGAAGGUGAGCGUGGUGUCGCGUCGUUCUCUGUUUACCUGAGACACCUGUGCCUGUGUUGUUAACGCACACAUUCACGUCCGCCCUCCGGCCGAGAGAGGACGAAUACCAGACUGCUACAAGGAUGAAGGGGCUCCCGGUGCUGUCCCUGCUCCUUUGGAUGUGUGCGGUUUACUUUGUGGGCAUCUACCUGUUUGUGGGUGGAUUCCUGUUAGUGAGGCUGGAAGUGAACAGGACCAGCACCUGCGGAGACGUGUUGCAGCCCGGAGAGGAGUCAGUGGACUUCUGCCGCGCCCAGCCGCGGUUCCGCAGGGCCGUGCUCCUCAUCAUUGACGCGCUAAAGAUUGACUUCGCCCGGUUCGACCCCAACAACACGGCGCCCCGACCUUAUGAGAACAAGCUGCCCGUGCUGGAGGAGACGGUCUCAUUCAGGCCUUCUCACAGCCGCCUGUACCCUUUUCGUGCUGACCCACCCACGACCACCAUGCAGAGGAUCAAGGGGUUCACCACUGGCUCCUUACCUACUUUUGUGGAUGUAGGUAAUAAUUUUGCAUCCAGUGCCAUUUUAGAGGACAACCUCAUCCACCAGUUUGGACAAGUGGGCAAGAGAGUGGUGUUCAUGGGUGACGACACUUGGGAGAGUCUUUUUCCUAAGAGGUUCCACCGCUCUCUGCCUUUCCCUUCUUUUAAUGUCAAGGAUCUACACACUGUGGACAAUGGGAUCCUCCAGCACCUCUACACUACCAUGGUUGGGGAUGACUGGGAUGUUCUGGUGGCUCAUUUCCUUGGAGUGGAUCACUGUGGUCACAGGUUUGGUCCCGACCACCCGGCCAUGGCCGACAAGCUCACCCAGAUGGAUGGAGUCAUCAGAUCCGUGAUGGACCGUUUGGAGAAUGACACCCUCUUGGUGGUGAUGGGAGAUCAUGGGAUGACGGACACCGGAGAUCAUGGUGGAGAAAGUCAGAAGGAGACCGAUGCGGCUAUCUUCCUCUACAGUCCAUCCCCUCUGUUUCCGACGCCACUCUCUCAGAGUGAACCGGAUGUGGUGCCUCAGACAGACCUGGUGCCCACCCUGGCUCUGCUGCUGGGAGUUCCCAUCCCCUACAGCAACGUGGGCCAGGUCCUCUUGCCUUUAUUCCCCUCUCAUAGGCAGUCGGGAGGCGCAGUUGGAGGUCUCAGCCAGCUGGAGGCACUAUGGAUCAAUGCAAAACAGGUCAACCGUUUCCUAGAGACUUACUCUGGCAUGGCCAAAGACAUCCCACCAGAGAGCCUGUCUCAAUUGAAGGCUGAAUUUUCCCACCUCUCCACUGAGUACCUCACCGCAGUUAAAGAGGGUCGGUCACCCUCUCCACAGCUGGCAGCCUCCCUGCAGGCCUACCUCACCUCUGUCAGAAACACCUGCCGAGCCACGUGGGCUCGAUUCAACCCACUCAAAAUGGCAGCAGGUCUAGCCAUCCUAGCAUUUGCCUGCCUAACGUGUUUCAUUCUCUCUGAGCUGUCCCUUGUGCUGAUCAGGGAAGGUGGUCCUGGACUGAAAGCCUCAGUUGUUGUGGCACUAACAGCGGGGGGUUGCGUGGCUGCUGGUCAGCUACUCGCACAGGGCUAUGUAGAGGUAGCAUGGUGCCUGGCAGCAGCUGCUCUCAGCUCUGAACUUCUUUUCCUCUGGAGGGCUCAUCAGUCUAGAACUGUUACUGUGGCAAAGAAUGGAUUUAAAGCCCCAAAGCGCGUCAGCUGGCUGGCCCCACGUCGCCUCUUCGUCCCCCCUCUCUUGGUGUCGCUGCUCCGUUGUGCCUCCCUGCUAUCGGAUAGCUAUGUGAUCGCAGAAGGCCGUGCGGUGACCUUUCUGGUGCUCUCUCUGGCUCUCUACAUUCCUAUCCAUCUCAACUGGGAUGGCCUGCUCCUGCCCCCCAGCCAUGACCCUUUUAAGGCUGCAGGGCUCCUGCCUUCUGCAGCUUUGUCCCCAUCGACUGUGAGGAAAGAAAGCUGCACACUUGUAACCUGCUUAGGGCUCCUUGUUGGCAGCCUGUACUUCUCCCUCUCCUUCCAUGGCUGUCGGGAAGAACAAGGCUCCUGCCAGCCGUCCCCGUUCCUCUCCCCUCUUUCCCGGUUACAAGACAACCAGUUGAAGAACCUCCACUACAUCCUCUCUGUCUGCUCCCUGGGCUUGUGGACAUAUCUGCUGAGACGCUGCCUCCGCCACUAUGGUAAUCUGAACUCCUCAGGAGGGACGGUGUUCACAGCCCGCUGGAUACUGCCACUGCUGUCCAUGUGCCUGGGGCUCCACUGGGCUGUUAGUGCAACUCCAGAGGACAGUUUUAGGAAUCUGGCUGAGCUGAUCAGCCUGGCCCAGAUAGCCCUCCCCAGGGCUGCCUUCUUUCUCCUAGGAUUGGGGCUGCUGCUGAUCUGGCUAGACCCUCUCACUGUGUUUGUGAAGACCAGGGCUGCAGCUACAGCCAGAGGUUCAUCCCUGCCCCCUCCCCGCUACCGAGCGAGCACUGGCAUCAGCCCCCAAGCCGAGUUGCACCACCUCAUCCCCCAGAUCUACCAGCGCAUGCGUCGUUCCUUGGAUGAUGGAGAGCUGAGCAGAGGCAGUGAGGUGGCCAGUGGGCCCGCUGUGGAGGCCUAUGGAUUGGGAACUGUGUACUCUGCCCCUUUGCUGCUGUUUUGUGGCCUGCUGGGAAUUGGUCUGCUGCUGUUGCACCCAGAGGGCAUGGCGCUGUCUUUCCUCCUGCUGCUGCUUGAAAUGGGAGCUCUGUUGCACAUUCAUGCCUCCUCCACUACCCUCAGUGGCCUGCAUGGAGCAUUUACUGCUGACUUUAAUGUGCCCUGGACUCCAGUGGUGCUGUGGUCUCUGGCUGCCACACAGUUCUUCCAUGCCACAGGUCACCUCCCCACCUUCCCUUCCAUCCAGUGGGGCGCUGCCUUCGUGGGAUUCCCUGAUGGACACACAGGCACCAUCCUGCCUGCCUCACUGGUCACCCUCAACACUUUUGCCUCACACAUCUUGUUCGCAGUGGGUUGUCCUCUGCUGCUGUUCUGGCCUCUGGUGUGUGAAGUACGCGGCAGCAGGGGAGGAAAAGCUUGUGGGGAUGAAGGAGAGGACGCUGUGAUGGAGAUGAGACUGAGGGAAAACCCCCAGCAGUUCAGCUCUGCCCUUCUGCAACUCUCAGCACGCUACCUCUUUAUUCUUGGGGCACAGGUCUUCGCUUCAGUCUGUGCAGCUGCUAUUCUCAGGAGACACCUAAUGGUGUGGAAGGUUUUUGCACCCAAGUUAAUGUUCGAGGCCUCAGGGUUCCUGGUGAGCAGCGUGUCACUGCUGAUCGGGGUCACACUGGUUCUGAGAGUAGACAUGGCUGUGGGCAGCUGGUUUAAGAGACUCGUUCCUGAUGCAUCCAGGUAGCGGCGGCGCUGCUGCUGCUGCUACUGCUUCUGCUUUACCACAGAUGCCCACCAGGGCUCACUGUGCUACACAGAAAAUGGACACGGUGGUCACUGAAAAGUUUUUAUAUGAACUCACAAAGAAACAUUGUUAUCUGUGUCUAGCAUAAAGAUCCCCACAAGCAUGUCCUGUGAGGUUACCUCUCUACGGUAACUCUUUUUAGGGCCAUGUUGUGCAUUGCGACACUGAGGCCCAUGUCAUUUUCAGCCAGAGGGACUUCAGGGACCGACCGGACUCUGAGUAUCUGGAGUUACUUUUUACAAUGAUGAGAUAGCAAAGUUGAAGGAUUUUGGGGUUCAAGAGAAAACACCAGUGUCUGAAUGUUUCUCCUAAUCUCCUGUUUUCUAACUUAGGAUGUAUGUAUGGAUAAAGCCCUCCAAGCAGUCAUGCAAGUGGUUUGUAGUGGAGCAGUCAGAAAUCUUCUCUUAAAACACACAGUAAACUGUUUACACUGGCUACAUGACUGUCACAGCUGGCCAGGAACUGCAGCAUUCGUGUAUGUGCGCAGCAAAGUGGUUGAUUUAACAGUUAAAUGUUAUGAGGAAAGAAAAAGAAACAUAAAAGAAAACCCUGACUGUGAAAUGUACAUUUCAGCCAUUUAGCUGAUCCUUUACAACAGUGAUUUACAAUCUGUGACCCUUCAGCUACAGCAUGACCACUUUAAAGCCAGUCUGCCACCUGAGGUCCAGAGCUGCUUCAUGAUAAACUCUGAAACAGGUCUACUCUGUUUGGUGAAAUCCAUCCAAGUGCAUUACAGCAUGUCUGUCAUCUGUGUGUCUGCUGGAGGAACUUUUCCUGUUUUUGUAUCUUUUAUAUUUUCAAAGUGUUGAAAUAACCAGCCAAUCUGGUUACUGCCAACUCAUAUUAGUACUACCAUUCUGGGUAUUUAAUCUGUCAUGCUCUUUUUGUUUUAUGGGUUCUGAUUCCUAACUCCAAUGAUUUAUAAUCCAGAUUGUUUUAAUCGCUGAUGAUUCUUUUCUUCUUUUUUUUUUAAAUCAUAAAUGAAACUUUUGUCUUAAUUAGGCCUUGAAUGCACCCCGUUUCCAGAUUAGGUGCCUAGCUUUAAGUAAUGCCUUUUUUAUGUCAUUCAGUUGACAGCAGGACAUCCAGAAACACUGUUGGUUAAUUUAUUCGUACAGGACGUCUGAGUCAGUGUUCGGUGUAAGAUCUGUUACUGUUCUGCAGCUGUAGUCAGCAGCUGAAGCUCAUUAGCUAAUGCAUGAUAACGAAGUUGUUGAGCUCAGGUUGAAUUAGCUACAGUGCAAUGGUACUGCAUUUCUCAGGCUGACUGGUCAUUUACAGCAGCUCGUGAUGGUUUGGCUAGGUUGUAUGAUGACUGGACGCUUUUUUUUUCUGUUCUAAAACGUUUAAUAUAUAAAUAACUGAUUAAUUAUGCUGAUUUUUACAUUCUGAUGAAUAAUAAAACUUUUUUUUACAUAACA